UCUCUGCAUUCCUCACUAUGCCUCCAUCAGAUUGUCACAACUCAAUGGGCUGAAGUGGAAAACUUAAAACUGCUUGGAAAAUGUAUGUUUAGUCCACUUGUGUGUAGGUUUUUUUUUUUGCCCCGUCUGCUGUGUUAGAAAAGAUUAUGUCGAAGCAAAUUUGAUGGUAUUAUGCAGAAUGUUAGAGUGGUCGGCAGUAGGCGGAGAAAUUUUAUAGUGAUGGCAGCUUCAUCAACCGUAAUGGAGGCUUCAAAUUACAUUCCAGCAGCACCGAGUUUCUUGCCUGAAGGGCCUUGGCGGCAGAUACCAGGUGGAGUUACUGCUGCCAAAGGUUUUCAGGCUGCAGGUAUGUAUGGAGGACUUCGUGCAGUAGGUGAGAAGCCUGAUCUUGCGCUUGUCACUUGUGAUGUAAAUGCGAUAGCUGCAGGGGCUUUUACCAAGAACAUGGUUGCAGCUGCACCAGUGUUGUACUGCAAAAAAGUAUUAGAAAGUUCAAGAACAGCUCGAGCAGUUUUGAUAAAUGCAGGUCAAGCAAAUGCAGCAACUGGUGAUGCAGGCUACCAGGAUGUUAUAGAUUGUUCAAAAUCCCUUGAGAAGUUACUUGGGCUGAAUCCUGGGGAAGUAUUGAUUGAAUCCACUGGUGUUAUUGGUCAGAGAAUAAAGAAGGACGCUCUUCUCAGAUCACUUCCUAAAUUAGUUAAUCUAUUGUCAUCAACUGUUGAGGGAGCAGAUUCUGCAGCUGUGGCAAUAACCACCACUGAUCUUGUUAGUAAGAGCAUAGCAAUUGAGUCCGAGGUUGGAGACACUCGUGUAAGAAUUGGGGGAAUGGCAAAAGGUUCUGGGAUGAUCCACCCUAAUAUGGCAACAAUGCUUGGAGUCAUAACAACUGAUGCCCAGGUCACAAGUGAUGUUUUGAGAAAGAUGGUGCAGGUUUCUGUAAGCCGGAGUUUCAACCAAAUCACCGUAGAUGGAGAUACCAGUACUAAUGAUGCCGUCAUUGCCUUGGCAAGUGGGCUUUCGGGGACAAAAACAAUUUCUACUUUGAACAGUCUAGAGGCAGAGCAUCUACAACUGUGCCUAGAUGCUGUAAUGCAAAGUCUUGCAAAGUCUAUAGCUUGGGAUGGGGAAGGAGCAACAUGUUUAAUUGAGGUCAGGGUAAAUGGUGCAGACAAUGAAGCUGAAGCAGCAAGAAUUGCACGCUCAGUGGCAUCUUCUUCUCUUACCAAGGCUGCUGUAUAUGGUAGAGAUCCAAACUGGGGACGUAUUGCGGCUGCUGCUGGCAAAGCAGAUAUUCUUUUUGACCAAAACAAGCUUCGUAUAAUGCUUGGCAAUUUUCUACUUAUGGAUGGAGGUCAGCCUCUUCCAUUUGACAGGCCCGCUGCCAGUAACUAUCUGAGAAAGGCUGGAGAGACUCACGGCAAAGUUGAAAUUCAAAUAUCUAUUGGUGAUGGUCCUGGCAAUGGUCUUGCUUGGGGCUGUGACUUAAGCUAUGACUAUAUAAAAAUCAAUGCGGAGUAUACUACCUAGAAGAUCUGCCUUCAACAGAUUUGAUUACCCUCUUCCCAAUCGCUGGAUAAUUUUGCACGUGAAUAAGCUUGCAGGUAAACAGUGGAAUCGUGAUUCAAGACGUCAUAUGAAGGAUUACUGCCAAUUGCUGGAUCUUUAUGGCUCCAGAGCAUAAACUCUAGGGAUACAGAAGUCCCCACUAAAUAUUGGGCGAAAAGGAUGAAUGGAUAUGGUUUCUUUUUUCCUUGCCGCUGUAAGACCUUGAGUUUGAAAAUAUGUUGCGGCUUAUCAUUCCCGCAGGACUCUGCAUGUCUUUUGAUUAGUUGCAUACUGCCAUCCAAACAAUAUCCGUGUACAGUACCACUUUGGUUAAUUGAUAGCCGUCACCCUCCAGUGAACGUAGUUCUCUAGCAUGAUCCUGGAUUUGCAAUGAUCCAGAGAUGCCAUAUCUACAAUAUGAGGUAUCAUUGAUUUGGGUCGAAUCAUAAAGCGUUUCAUAUGAUAUAAAUAAACAUCCCUUCUCAGAUCA